AGGAGGUCGGCCUCCGUAAGUGACGUGGCACGUGACGUGGCACGUGAUGCGGCCCCGGAAGUCCCUGGAGUCCUGCGGCACUGGCGCGGGUUUGGGUGUCCUCGCAGCGGCGGGAUGUUCACGGCGGCCGCGGAGAGCCUGCUCCACCAGGCCAGGGAGAUCCAGGAUGAGGAGCUGCAGGGCUUCUGUUCCCGGAUCAUCAAGCUGCUGCGGGAGGACCUGGGCCCAGCGGCUGUGGACGCCCUGCAGAGGCUCUUCCUCAUUGUCUGGGCCACAAAGUAUCCCCGGAGGCUGGACAAGACAUGCGUGGACCUGCUGCAGGCCACCCUCUGCUUGCCUACAUGCCCCGAGCAGCUCCAGGUCCUCUGUGCUGCCAUUCUGAGAGAGAUGUCACCCUCUGACAGCCUGACCCUGUCCUGUGAUCGUGCCCCGAACACCCGGCAGAUGAGUCUGGUGGCAUCUGUGCUCCUAGCCCAGGGUGACAGAAGACAGGAGGUCAGAAGUGUGGGCCAGCGCAUCUUUACAGUCCUUGAGAGCCGGCAGCCUGAGGGGCCCAGUCUGAGGCACCUCCUCCCUGUCCUGUCAAAGGUGGUGGGCCUUGCCCCAGGGACCCUCCAGGAAGGGCCCUGUUUCCUGAGCCACUUCCACCAGCAUCACGAGGGACUUGGGAGUCCGAAGUAUUUAACUGUUUUCCUCAAUGGGACCCCUCACCACAGACCAGACCGACCUCCUCAGCAAGCGGCUUGUGGAUUGGCUCCGCCAUGCCAGUGUCCAGCAAGGGCUCCCGCACUCAGGGGGCUUUUUCUCCACACCCAGGGCCCGGCAGGCCCCAUCACUGAGGUUGACGGAGCGGUGGCCUCGGACUUCUUCACGGUGCUCUCCACGGGGCAGCACUUCACAGAGGACCAGUGGCUGAACGUUCAGGCCUUCUCCAUGCUGCGGGCGUGGCUACUGCACAAAAGCCCCGAGGGCCCGAGUACCCUGGACACAGAUGACAAGUCAGAGCUGGAGGGCUCCACCCUGUCUGUGCUCUCUGCUGCCUCCACAGCCACCCGCCUGCUGCCCCCACGGGAGCGGCUGAGGGAGGCGGCCUUUGAGUACUGCCAGCGUCUCAUUGAGCAGAGUAAUAGACGAGCCCUGCGAAAGGGAGACGCGGACCUGCAGAAAGCCUGCCUUGUGGAAGCCAUACUGAUCCUGGAUGUGCUGUGCCGCCAGGACCCCUCCUUCCUGUACCGCACCCUCUCCUGCCUGAAGGCUCUCCACACGCGACUGGGCACAGACCCAGGCAGCGAGCGGGCAGUGCUGCCCCUUGCCCAGUUCUUCCUGAAUCACGGGGAGGCGGCGGCUGUGGGCUCAGAGGCCAUCUACCAGCACCUGCUCACCAGGCUCCCUUCUGAGCACUUCCACAACCCCAUGCUGGCCUUCGAGGUCAUCCGGUUCUGCAGGGACAACCUUCCCCUGUUCGACCUUCACCUCCUCGGCAUCCUCAAGUCAAGCUUCCCCAACCUGUUCAAGUUCCUGGCAUGGAACAGCCCUCCCCUCACCUCCGAGUUUGUGGGGCUCCUCCCGGCUCUGGUGGACGCUGGCACAGCCGUGGAGAUGCUGCACACGCUGCUGGACCUGCCCUGCCUGACCGCCGCCCUGCACCUGCAGCUCAGAUCUUCAUCAUCCCCAUCUGAAAGGCCCCUGUGGGACGCCUCUCUCAGGACUCCCAGCUGCCUGGAGGCCUUCCGUGACCCGCAGUGCCAGGGUCUCUUCCAGCACCUGCUGCGCACCAAAGCCAGUGGCUCCGCAGAGAGGCUGACGCUGCUCCACCAGCUGCUGCAGCCCAUGGCCAGCUGUGCCCGGGUGGCCCAGUGUGCCAAGGCAGUGCCCGCCCUGCUCCAGGCAUUCUUCUCUGCUGUGAUCCAGAGCUCCAGGCUUCUUGAAUGCUGGUGGCUCCCACUGGCUGCACCCAGGGAGCUCAACCCAGGUGGGGCCCCUGGAGACAGGCUGGUCACGGCGUGGCUGGAUGCGGGCUGGGCAGCCUGGGCUUCGCUGCAGCUGAGCAAGACUGCACCCUGCCUCGCAGGCCGGCUGCUGCAGGGGGAGCCACAGGUCAGGAGUGGGGUCCUGCCAGGGCACCUGGGGCCAGGGAUUUUUCCCCCUCCCAAUCAGCCCUCCCCCAGCUCCCCUCGCACCCCUCACUCUGUCUGCAUGGUCCUGAGUACUGGGGGAGGCCACUCAGAAGGAAGGACAAGGGCCUCCCUUCCAGCUCCUGGGCCUUCCCCUCCCCCUGUUGUGAUGUCCAGAAAGUGGUGUCCAGUGUGUCCAUAUUUUGCUCUUGACCUACAGUUUGCUGACAGGGCCCUGACCACCCAGCUGGCACUGCUGCUCCUGGAGAGAAGUGACUCACUUUACCAGGUCCCGCAGUACGAGGCCCGCGUGCACAGGGUGCUGAGCUCUCAGUUCCUGGCCCUGUGUCAGCGGAAUCCCUCCCUGGUGGUGGAGCUAGCCAGAGAGCUCCUGGAGUUCGUAGGAAGCGUGAGCAACAUCCACAGCAGAGCAGGCGUGUUCACCAGUGUGGUGUGGGCCAUCGGCGAGUACCUGUCAGUGACCUGCGACAGGCGGUGCACUGUGGAGCAGAUCAACAAGUUCUUCGAAGCCUUGGAGGCCUUACUGUUUGAGGUCACCCAAUCCCGCCCCUCAGCAGACCAGCCCAGGUGUCCACCACAGGUUGUCACUGUGCUCAUGACCACACUGACCAAGCUGGCCUCCCGGAGCCAGGACCUGAUCCCCAGGGUCUCUCUGUUCCUGUCAAAGAUGAGGACCUUGGCCCAGGGCCCAGCUUCCAGCUCCACACACAGUGAGGAGGAUGCAGAAGCCAUCCGCAUCCGGGCCACCGAGCUGCUGAACCUGCUGAAGAUGCCCAGCGUGGCCCAGUUUGUAUUCACACCUAGUGCAGAAGUGUGCCACCCUCGCUAUCACCGUGACACCAACACGUCACUGCCCCUGGCCCUGCGCAUGGUCAGCCGGCUGGUGGAGAAGGAGUCCAGCCUCCUGCCAGGAUGAGGGUUCAUUGACCAUAUGGACAUCGCUGCAGAUUAAGAGCCUGAGGUUCGCCGGCCUGGUAUUAGGGCCAAGCCACUGGCUUUGGUGAUAAGAGGAAUCAGGGAGGAGCAGGAGGCCUCCUGGGACAGGAGGGUGGCCCAGGUGGCUCAGCCCCUCAGGGGUGUGUCUGACCCUUGCCUCUGUAGUUAGUGGCCUCACGCUUUUUCUGGGCCGACUGGAAGCUGCAGACCCUGCCCCAUUGUUCCUAUUUCUGGACCGUUUGGGGGCGUGAGAGAUAUAGUACAAAUAAACCUUUAAAAGCU